AUGCCAGAACUCAGGCUGAAGCUCCAAGACAUGACCGACAAACUCAAGUCGAAGAUAUCAUCGCGAUUCCUUCCCAAAUCCACAUACUCAGCGCCGUCUGUGGGCACUGGUGCCAACAUGUCGGACAGCAGCAGUGCCAGCCAUCGAUCCAACCCUCGGGCCUCAAGCUCCCAACCACGUGGCUCAAGUGGUACCCCAAGAUAUGCUCACGGUCCACCCAUGAUAUUCCGUGAGGGCAGCAAGGCGAAUGCUGUGACGCGGGCAAGUGAAGCUGCCAGGGAUGAGUUGUUGAAGCACGGGAUCGAAGUACGAGACUUCCAAGUCGAGGCCGAUGCGAGGAAAUAUGCCGAGAUGGCCGCCAGGGCCGGAGACGAUGCCGGAGCCUGGUCGACGGGCUUUCGCGACGCCAGUGCAGGUGGGAGAUUGGCGGAGGUGAAAACUCCAUAA